CAGAAGCCGAACCAAACCCAAAAACCGAUAAACCCUUAAAUGUUAAAACAAAACUCGUCAGCUUCAACGAAUCCACUGUAACUUAUUGUGGUGUUUUAACUUAAAUUUAAGCAUUACUUAAAAAUUUGUGGAUUUAAGAGUUGUCACAAGUUAUUUCGAAUAAAGGAAGUGGAGUGAAGUGUGUCAUAAUUUGUAUGCCGACGUCAAGAAAGCUAGCUGUUUAGAGAGUUAGGAGCCGAUUAGGCUCACGAUUGUUAGAAAAUGGAUAGCAAAGGAAGAAAAGUAAUCGUAUGCGAUAAUGGCACUGGCUUUGUGAAAUGCGGAUAUGCUGGAUCGAACUUCCCUGAACAUAUUUUCCCUUCAGUGGUUGGUAGACCAAUUAUAAAAGCAGUAAACAAGAUUGGAGACAUUGAAGUUAAGGACUUGAUGGUCGGUGAUGAGGCCAGUAAGUUACGCUCGAUGUUGGAACUCAGUUACCCCAUGGAGAACGGAAUUGUUCGUAAUUGGAAAGACAUGUGCCACGUUUGGGACUACACUUUUGGACCUGAAAAAAUGAACAUCGAUCCAAAAGAAUGCAAGGUUUUGUUAACGGAACCUCCCAUGAAUCCUAUAAAGAACAGGGAGAAAAUGAUAGAGGUGAUGUUCGAGCAGUACCAGUUCCACGGAGCUUACAUCGCCAUACAAGCUGUGCUGACGUUGUACGCGCAGGGUCUGUUGAGCGGAGUAGUGAUAGACUCUGGGGAUGGUGUGACUCAUAUCUGUCCUGUGUAUGAGGAAUACGCUCUGCCUCACCUCACCAGGAGACUUGACAUUGCUGGCAGAGACAUCACCAAGUAUCUUAUCAAGCUUUUGCUACUGCGAGGAUAUGCGUUCAACCACACGGCUGACUUUGAAACUGUGCGAAUUAUGAAGGAGAAGCUGUGUUAUGUCGGAUACAACAUAGAAACUGAACAGAAAUUGGCAUUGGAAACAACAGUGUUGGUGGAACCUUACACGUUGCCAGACGGCCGAGUUAUCAAGUUGGGAGGUGAGAGGUUUGAGGCUCCGGAAGCUCUGUUCCAGCCACAUCUCAUUGAUGUUGAAGGUCAAGGUAUCGCAGAGUUAGUUUUUAACACUAUCCAGGCAGCAGACAUAGACAUUAGAGCAGAGCUGUACAAACACAUUGUACUGUCUGGGGGCUCCACCAUGUAUCCUGGACUGCCAAGCAGGCUAGAGCGGGAGAUCAAACAACUGUAUUUGGAGCGAGUGUUGAAAAAUGACAUCUCAAAACUCAACAAACUGAAAAUCAAGAUAGAAGAUCCACCAAGACGGAAAGACAUGGUGUUCAUCGGAGGUGCGGUGCUUGCCGAAGUGAUGAAAGAUAAACCAAACUUCUGGAUCACCAGUCAGGACUAUCAGGAGAUGGGGAAAAAUGUGCUCAACAAGUUAGGGCCAAGAUCAAGCUAACUCGUCUGAUCUAUUUAACCCCUAAUCUAUUUUACCUUGAUAAUCAUACUAGCUGUACCCGCGGGCUUCGCCCCGUUUAACUUCAUAAGUAUUCGCAUGGCUCAUUCACGUCCUGGUUGAAGUUCGUUCGCUACGCUCACUCACCUUUAGGUUGGAGCUCGUUCGCUGCGCUCACUUGCCUUCAGGUUAGCUCGUUCGCUACGCUAACUCGCCUCCAGGUUGAAGUUUGUUCGCUACGCUCACUCACCUUUUGGUUGGAAAUUAGCUGUUGUCAUAAAUGUAAAAGAAAUAAUAGUGCUGCACCCUGUUGGUAAUCCUUGUAGCUUUUAUGCUAUUGAACAUCAUAGAACAGAACCAACUUGUUUAAUUGAAACAGCUGUUAAGAUUCAUUAAUUCCUUUUAAAUAUGAAAAAUCAUAAGAUUAACAUGGGGAACUACAGAGCCACUGGGGCGGAGCCCGAAAGGGUUUUUGAGAUAAGAAUAUGCUUUAAUGUUAAUCGGGAAUGUGAGCUAUGAUCAUGCCAAAUUUCAGCCCAAUCCGUCCAGUAGUUUAUGCGUGAUUGAGCAACACACACACAAACACACACACAAACACACACACAAACAUACACACAAACUCACAAACUUUCAAAUUUAUAAUAUUAGUAAGAUAAGAUAAGAUAAAGAUAAUUGCAUUUAUUUAAACAUUGUCUAUUGUACAGCAAUAAUUGGGAUUGUGUUGAACUGAAAUUGGAUUUGCACAAUCAAGUUAAAUUAACAUUUUAUUUUUCCAUUUUAUUUUGAAUAGGCUAUAAAGAAAGUAGUAAAUUAAAACCAAAUGGAUGUAAAUUCAAAUGGAUUUACUGUUUUUACAUCAAUUAUUUUAUAUAUUACAUUUAUUUAUUCUAUUCUAUGCAUGUCAAUCCUUCCAAAGGAUUUUAGGUGAUUCUGCUAAUGUUUUCAUCAAAGCUUCGUUGUUUCAGUAUUUUACCUGUACUGUUACUACAUGGUACUCCACUGCUAAUAAUGUAUCUUAUAUUUAACAUCCCCGAGAUUUAAAAAAAUUAAAUUUUUUAAUCUCUCCUCACAAUUUACAAGACUAAAGGUCUUCCCAGACUUCUGUUUUGUGUUCUAAUAAAAUACAGCUUGUUGCCAUAUAUUUCAGUGGUAUUCAUAAUUUCAAUUGCAUUUAAAAGUUGAGCAGUUUGGGUAGAUUGAAUAAAAUAAACAUUGUAAAUUGUGAUGUCAUGUAAAAAGUAUUCCAUAAAGAGACUAGAUGUAUAUUUAUUAUUAUGUUAUUCAUUCAGUUUUAUCAUUUAUAUUCAUUUAAGAUGAUUUUGUAUAAUUAUAAUAAUAAGAAAUAAAGAUUUAUUGUUUUAUUUGUGUGCAUA